AUGUCUCUUAUGUUAUUCUUAAAGUUUCUUUUCCUUUAUUCUUUGUUCUUUUCCACAUUUACAUGUUUUCCUUUAGUUCAGCCAAAGUGUCAUCAAGAUGAAAGCCAUGCCUUGUUACAAUUUAAGGAAGGCUUUGUAAUUAGAAAGUUUGCUUCUCACAAUUCUCUCAGUUAUCCUAAAAUUUCAUCUUGGAAUUCAACCAUAAACUGUUGUUCAUGGGAUGGAAUUCGAUGUGAUCAGAACACAAAUCAUGUCGUUAGCAUUGAUCUUAGUAGCAGCAUGCUCUAUGGUAAAAUUCAUGCUAAUAACAGUCUGUUUCGCCUUGUGCACCUUCGAGUUCUUGAUCUUGCAGAUAAUGAUUUCAAAUACUCUCGAAUCCCAUCUAGGAUAGGCGAGCUUUCGCAGAUAAAAUAUUUAAACCUUUCUCGUACCAAACUUUUCGGAGAAAUUCCACCGCAAGUUUCAAAACUAUCCAACUUGUUGUCUCUUGAUCUAGGCAACAAUUUUGCUGAACCGAUUUCAGGAGGUGAAACCGGUUUGUUGCAGCUCGAAUUGUCUAGUCUCAGAAGCAUCAUUCAAAACUUGACAAAACUCGAGAUACUUUAUCUUAGUUAUGUGACUAUUUCAUCAACUUUACCGAACACACUCUCAAAUCUAACUUCGUUGAAAGUACUAUCUCUUUACAAUUGUGAAUUGUAUGGUGAAUUUCCAGUUGGAAUUUUUCAUCUACCGAAAUUGAGAUAUUUGGAUUUGAGAGAUAACCAAAAUCUCAAAGGUAGGUUGCCCGAGUUUCAGCCUAAUGCACUCACCCAAAUAGGACUUGAUUCAACUAGCUUCUAUGGUACAAUACCAGCAUCCAUUGGAAAAGUUGGUUCUUUAAAAGUACUAUCAAUUUCAAAUUGCAAUUUUUUCGGUCCUAUUCCUUCUUCACUUGGCAACCUAACACAGCUCACAUUCAUAAAACUCGGAUAUAACAAAUUUAGAGGAGACCCUUCUGCAUCCCUAACAAAUCUCACCGAACUAAGCUACUUGUGUCUAGGUUUCAAUGAAUUUACUAUGAAGGAAAUCUCUUGGAUAGGUAAGGUGUCAUCGAUCACUUACUUAGAUCUAUCUGAAGUGAAUAUUGGCAGCGAUAUACCAUUAUCUUUUGCAAACCUCAUCCACCUACAAUAUUUACGCGCAGAAAAUAGCAAUUUAAGGGGUGAAAUUCCAUCUUGGAUAAUGAACCUAACCGAUUUAGCAUACUUGAACCUUGAACAUAAUAGCCUUCAUGGUGAAAUCCCCAAGUCUUUCUUUAGACUUGAGAAUCUUGAAAGUAUUUCCUUAAGCACUAAUUUCUUGCAUGGAAAGCUAGAGUUUGACAUGUUUCUCAAGUUCAAAAAGUUAAUUUUUCUAAAUUUAUCGUUCAACAAAUUGUCCUUGCUCGGUGGAAAAAGUUCUUCCAACGUAACUGAUUCUCGAAUCCAUGUUUUACAACUGGCUUCAUGCAAUUUGGUUGAGAUUCCGACAUUUAUAAGAGAUCUUAGUGAUUUAGGAUGUAUUAUCCUGUCAAACAACAGUAUAACUUCACUACCUAGUUGGUUGUGGAGAAAAACAAGUCUACAAAGCUUAACUGUUUCCCACGGUUCAUUGACAGGAGAAAUAUCCUUGUCCAUAUGCAAUCUCAAAUCACUCAUGCAUCUUGAUUUAUCGUUCAACAAUUUAAGCGGCAAUGUUCCUUCAUGUCUAGGUAACUUUAGCCACUCUUUAGAAAUUUUGAUGCUAAAAGGAAACAAAUUAUCUGGUCUCAUUCCUCAAACAUAUAUGACUCAAAAUUCCCUUCAGAUGAUUGACCUCAGCAACAAUAAUCUGCAGGGUCAGUUGCCAAGAGCAUUGGUUAACUGCAGAAGGCUAGAGUUCUUUGAUGUUAGCCAUAACAAUAUCAAAGAUUUGUUUCCAUUCUGGCUGGGAACUAUACCUGAGUUGAAGGUAUUGGCUUUGCGUGGCAACGAAUUUCAUGGACCAAUAAAGUGCCCUAGGAUUGGAAACAUGACAUGCUCAUUUUCCAAACUUCACAUCAUUGAUCUUUCUUUCAAUAAAUUCUCUGGAAGUUUGCCUUUAGAAAUGAUUCAGAGCUGGAAAUCAAUGAAAGCUUCCAACACAAGUCAAUUACAGUACGAGCAGUGGAGACUUUUCUUCCGGACCCAGCAGAAAGGACAAUCUUGGACAGAAACAAACACUUAUUCGUUCACAAUGUCAAAUAAAGGGUUAGUGAUGGUUUAUGAGAGGCUUCAAGAGUUUUAUAAAAUGAUAGCCAUUGAUAUUUCAAGCAACCAAAUAAGUGGAGAGAUACCAAGAGCGAUAGGCGAAUUGAAGGGCCUUGUUUUGCUCAACUUGUCAAAUAACAUCCUUACUGGCAACAUACCAUCUUCCUUAGGGAAGCUUUCAAACCUUGAAGCACUGGAUCUUUCUUUCAACAAUCUGUCGGGGAAGAUUCCUCAACAGUUAACACACCUUACCUUUUUGGAGUUCCUUAAUGUGUCCUUCAACAAUCUCUCAGGUCCUAUACCGCAGAAUCAGCAGUUCUCUACAUUUCAAGAUAAUUCAUUUGAAGGCAACCAAGGCUUGUGUGGGGAUCAACUGUCGAAGAAGUGCAUAGAUGAUCACGCAGGGCUUUCUUUUUCACCACCUUCUGCCUCUGAUAGUUACCAUGAUGACUCAGAAUCUUUGUUUGAAUUUGACUGGAAAGUAAGUCUGAUUGGGUAUGUAGGUGGUCUUGUUGCAGGAGUGGCAUUGGGAAUCACUUUCAGCCCACAAGUACUAGGAUGGAUUAAUAGGAUCUUCUGA